AUGAAAAAGAGAAAUAGUAGUGGUAGUCAUUUAUCUCAUGAUGAAACCGCUGCUACUUCAACAAGUCAUGUAGUCAAUAAAAAUAAUAAGAAUAAUAACAAUAAUAGUAACAACAAUGAUUCAAACAAGAAGAGAAAAUCACCUGAUAUUCAAAAUCAAGAGAACUUAGGUGAUAUUAAUAAUAGUAGUACAAGCAAGAGCACAAGUACUUUGACAUCAAACGACAAUAAUAAUAAUAAUAAUAAUAGUAAUAGCAAUAAUAGUAAAGAGUUAGAGUUGGCAAGACAGAAACUAGAGGAAGAGUACAAUCAGAGAAAGAAAGAGCUAGAGGAUGAAAUAGAAAGACAGAAAAAGUUAAAAACUACGAGUAGAGCUAUUAGUAAUAGUGGUGAAGAAUCUUCAAAACGAAAUAAGUCAAAUAAUAAUAAUAACAAUAGUCAUAAACAUAAUCAUCAACAUCAUUCAAAUAGAAAUGAUGAAGAAGAAAUAGAAUUUACAACGACAACAACUACCACUACAACAACGACAUCAAAUAGCAAUAUCAAUAAUAAUAAUGAUACUUCUGAAGAUAACAACAAUAAAUCAAGAUCCGAACUUCAGCAACAACAACAACAACAAGAGCAACCAAAGAAAUUAAAAGUACAAGAUAAUAGUAAACAUAAAGAAAAGUCAAAAGUCAACAACAGCAACAAACAUAAUAAUAAUAAUAAUAAUAAAAAUAAUAAAAAUAUUGAUGACGAUGGUGAUAAUCAUGAUGGCGAUGAUGAAAAUGGUAAUAGUAAUGGUAACGUUACUGAGAAUGAUGACAAUAAUAAUAAUAAUAAAUCAAAAAGAAAAGGAAUAAGAAAAGUAAAUGAGAGUGGCGGUAUAGCUGGGAAAUCAGAAGUUCCUGCAAAUCGAUUAUUAGAAUCCCCAUUAGAAAAUGGUGAAACAAUUAAGAAUAACGGUCACCAGAAACACAAUAACAAAACCAAAAAUAACAAUAAUCAACCAUCCAUUUCAACAAAACCAACAAUCCAACAAAUAGAUAAUAAUAAUAAUUCAAAUUCUGGAAAAUCUUCAAAAGAAAUGGAAACUAUAAAUAAUAAUUCUGAUAAUGGUAAUCUUAAGAGAAAUAAUAGAAAUUAUAAAUCAAAUACUACAACUACAACAACCACAACAACAACUACAAAUUCAAACUACAACAACAAUAAUAAUAAUAAAGAAAAUAAAGAAAAAGAAAAUAAAAAUAAAAAAUAA